GUUAAUCGUUCUUCGAUAUUACCAUCGAUGUUUUUCCAGCACUACUUCCGAUAACCUUUCAAUAAAAUUUCAACACAAAAUUUUAAGACAAAAAUGCUGAACUAACAAAAUAAAUGAUACGAAAUAGGCUAAUAGACGCGAACACGAACACACUGCAACGCAUGUUGGUCAAAACGCCCCGAUCGUUCACCCAGCUGCUGUAAAUAGCAGCCAUUUGCUGCUGCUGACACAACAAGAAGAAGCAGAAGGGAGGCAGCAACAACAACGAAAACAACAGCAUUUCGACAAAAUUGUUGCGUAUUGUCUUAUCUCAUUUCUUUUGGCCCAGCAGAAGAGACGUACCAUUUUUGUGCAAUCUGAGUGAACAAAUCAUAUGUAUAACUUAUGUCUGAUAAAAGUGCAAAGGAAUCCUGUAUCAGUCGUAGUGCGAGCUGCAGCAGCAGGCGCAAAAGAAGAAAGUGAAUUCGCGCAGCAGGGAGGAGUCGUCACCGAAAGCAAGAAACAAAAAUCUAUUGCCCAUUGCCCCUAGGCGCGCGCAACGUGUUCCGCUUGCGAUUAAACAAAAAAAGUGAAGUCAAAUAGCAGCUGUGUUAAACAAUGUCCCAUGGCGAGGAUGUGCUAGAUAAUUGGGAAGAGCUUGACGAGGCGGCGCUCUCUAUGACUCUGCAAACCAAGCUGCAAACAAGCGAGGGAAAACCCGUAAUGAAAAUGAAACUACUUCAGCGCCCGCAGAGCCUCCAGGACAGCAGCAGUGGCAGCCCGAGCAGUGCCCCCAGGCAAAUCACUAUUGCCAAGAAGCCCACGCCGCUCGAGGCGGCCCAGUCAGAUGGCGAACCAGUCUUGAUGGUGCUUCAUAAGUCGACAAACGACUAUGAUCCGGCUACCUAUGCCACGCCCACCAUCAAUCAGACCGUAAAAAUCCUGCGGCGUCCCGCCCAGGCCGAGGAGCGACGUGAUACGAAUGGCAUGAAACCCAAGCAGCCCAUCAAGACGCUAAAGCAGCGCGAGCAGGAGUAUGCAGAGGCCAGAUUGCGUAUUCUGGGAGCGGCCAAGAAUCCAGAGGAUGAUAAGCCACCAACACCACCAAUCCCAGUUUCACCACAACAGGCUUCUCCUGCUGCGGCAAACCACUCAACUCUACCUGCUGUCAGCCACAAUAACAAUAACAACAAUAAUAAUAGUAACCCUGGUCCUGGUAGUGGAAUGCAUCGCUCUAGUUCGGCCCCGAAGAUGUCCCAAGUAUCGGCCAUGUACAAUAACUACAACAGUUACUUCCAAGGGCCGCACAAUCCGGGCCUGAACUAUUAUUAUCAGCACGCCGGACCACUGCCACCACAGCAGCAGCCGCCAGCCAUGCCGCCGCAUUUCAAUCAACGCAUGCCACCGUACGUUGGAGGAGGUAUGGGCAUGGGUGGAAUGCCAGCCCAACCGCCACCACAGCCAUCGGUCAAUCAGCAGCAGCAACAGCAGAGUUGGUCGCCCGUGGUCGGAGGCAGUGUAUCCGCUGCUCUGUUGCGCCAGCAGUCAAUGCAGCAGUCGCCACAGCAGCAGCACCAGCAUCAGCCGCCGCAAAACUACAAUGACAACAUCUUGCGCCUACCGAGGGGACCCUGCCCGAAUGGUUCGGUUGGCUUUCAGAUGCGCCGGUAACAGAUUUCAGCAGAAGCAGGAGCAAUGGGAUGUGGUUUUAAUAAUUCAGUAAAUUCUACUCAUCUUGGUGUAUAGAUUCCAAAAGUGUGUAAAGAUAAAAAAACAACAAACAGAAAUUCAUGUGCGAGCGUUUCCGAUCUGAGAUUUGUAUGUCGUCAUGUUUGUGUGGACUCUGUGGUCCGUCCGCAGGCGAAGUAACCAUCAAACAUAAAAAACUUAAAUA